AUGAAGGAGUAUCAGAUAUGUGGGAAGCGGAUCGUGUUUCCAUUCAAGCCGUACCCAAGCCAGUUCCUCCUCAUCUCCGCCAUCUUGAAGGCGCUGGACAAGGGGGACAAUGCUCUACUUGAGAGCCCAACCGGAAGUGGAAAGUCGCUGGCCCUGCUGUGCGCAUCCCUGGCCUGGCAAAAGGCCGAGCGCACGCGCCUGCUGGCGGAGUUCCACGCGGAGCAGGCCGCCCACGAGCUUGCGCAGGCCCAGGCUCAGAUGCAGGCGGCUGCAACAGCAACAGGCAAGCCCAAACCGCAACCGGCAGGCAGUGGUGCCAACGCUCCACAGGACGCAAGCACAGGCGAGUCGCAUGAGUUCACUGCCAGCCUGGACGUGCUGGAUCAGUUUCGACACGAGGGCAGGAGCAGCGGUCUUGGGCAGGGCGCGUUGCUCGAUGCUGCUGACGAUGAUGACGACGACUUCAUGGACGCAUCCUUCACCAUCAAGCACUCGAAACAGCAUCAGCAAGAAUCAUCAGCAUCCAGUGGCAGCAGCGGCAGUACGAAGCAAGUCAACUCUGCGGAAAAGGAAAACGCAAACAUCGCCACAGCCCACCCCCACCAUGACCAACAACAGCAGACGUCGGAGGGUGGCGGGGAGCAGCCCCUGAAACGAUCCAAACACCUCCGCCCAAAGCGCCCGCCAAAGAUUUUCUUUGCGAGCCGGACGCACAAGCAGCUUGAGCAGAUUACGAAAGAGCUUGGGCGAAGCGCAUAUCGGGAUGUGCACAUGACCGUGCUCAGCAGCCGCGAGCAGACGUGCAUCCACCCGCGCGUGUCAAAGUCUCCCGCAAAGAAUGAGGAGUGCAAGCUGAUGCUGGAGCAGCGGGCGUUUGGCGGCGGCGGCUCCGGCUGCGCGUAUUACAACAACGCGCAGAAGCUCGCGUCACGACGCUUCCGGACACAGAGCUGGGAUUUGGAGGACCUCGUGUCCGCUGGAAAACGGAUCCGCGGCUGUCCUUACUACGCGUCGCGUGAAAUGCUGCCGUCUGCCGACAUUGUGUUUUGUCCAUACAACUACCUCAUCGACCCCGUGAUCCGCAGCACCAUGGACAUCAACCCGGCAAACGCCAUCAUCAUCCUGGACGAGGCACACAACAUCGAGGACGUUGCACGGGACUCGGCGUCCACGUCCUUGACGGUUGAGGCGCUUGAGUCCGCCAUCACAGAUCUCCAGGGCGCACACGGCGGCGACGGCAGCGGUGGUGGCGCUCCGAUCCUGUACGAGACAACCGGCGCGCGUGCACGUGCACGUGCACACGAGGAGGAGCAGGUGGCGUUGGCGGAACACGUGCAGCGGCUCACGGCGUCACUGCGCGCGCUCGUGGGGUGGGCGAAGCAGGAGAUCACCCACCCAGCCUGCAAACGGGACUACCAGACCAAGAACAGGGUGUUUGGUGCGAGCGAGGCGGUUGCAUCAUUGUCGCGUUACGGCAUUGUGCCCGGCACACCAUCGCUGCUGCAGGAGUCCUUCAACCAGCUCUUCAAGGACACCGACGACACGUGGGUUGGCACGUUGAGCACGGGUCCCACUGGGCAGCAGAUGCUGGGGACAUUCAAGCAGGCGUCGUCUUUUGCGUAUCAGGACGAUCUUGGUCGAAUCAUCACCGAAUGCUGCAAGUGUGUUGGUGGCGGAGUGCUGGUGUUCCUGCCGUCGUACAGUGCUCUGGAUCGAUUGGUUGAGCGCUGGCGGUUGACCCACCAGUUCCAUGCCCUCAAUGCCGUCAAACGCGUCUUUGUCGAACCCAGAAGCGGAUCAAAGGAUGACUUUGACGAGCUGCUGGCUGAUUUCUACAAUCACGUCAGCACCGGCGCCGUCUUCUUCGCCGUCUGUCGCGGCAAGGCGAGCGAGGGCAUCGACUUCUCCAACGAGCGGGCACGACUUGUCGUCACCGUCGGCAUUCCGUUUCCCAACAUCAAGGACCUCAAGGUCAACAUGAAGAAGGCAUACAACGACGCAAACUCGCAGCGCGGCCUGCUGCGGGGUGCUGAAUGGUACGACAUUCAGGCGUUUCGGGCGCUGAACCAGGCGCUCGGCCGCUGCAUCCGUCACCGCCUCGAUUGGGGCGGCCUCCUCAUGGUCGACUCAAGGUUCCGCACAAAGUCCAAGUAUGUGCAGUCGCUGUCCAAGUGGAUCCGGCAGCGCGUGCAUCAGUUUCCAACUCUGAACGAGGCAGCGACGUCGCUCAACGCAUUCACCUCGCAGCUCGCGCGCAACCCGCCAGCAAUCAAGCCAAAGCCACCUCGUCAGCAGCCGCGUGCAUCUUCAACUGUGUCACCAUCGUCGUCCUCCUCAACAACAUCAACAUCAUCAUCGACACCGUCAACGACAGCAGCUGCGAUGACAACAGCUGCGUCCAGCGCUGGUGGUGGGACCCCCUCGUCUCUUUCAGUGAAACAGGAGCCCGGCGCAGCGACGAUGAUGACAAUGACAACAGCACCGCUCGGAAAACACCGCCACGCACAAGCAAAACACAACCACCAACAGCAGCAGCAACAGCAACAGCAGCAGCAGCGCAGUCAUACGCCAAAGUCGGAAGAACAGGCCAGCCUCCCAGCUGGAGGAUUCAUGCCUGCUCACCUCCAAUCACAGCCAUAGGAGCAUUCACGACUGAUGCAAUAUGACGUUGUUGUCACAUGUGACACUUUGGCAACAACAAACAACAACGCCAUCUCACAGGCCAGCCCCCCCCCACACCUUAGAACCACAACACACAACUACAUCACUCCACACUUCCUCUUUCCUCCAUCCCCUCAGUCCUCAGCUUGCACCACGCUGUCAAGUACACACGAGUUGAUUGCGUUCAAGCAGCAGGUGUUCCCUGUUUGAAUAUUUCAUGUACUUUUGGAAGUUGUGGUAACUGACUGACCCACUCGGGGAACACGUAGACAACUGCACGUAGACAGACACAAAUUAAAAGUCAAAUCAGGC